GGACAUCAGUACGGACGAGCGCCCGAAGCGGCCCAUGACGGCCUAUUUCCGUUUCCUGAAGGAAAAUCAUACUGCGUUUAGGCAAAAAAAUCCAGAAAUGAGCAGCAUGGAGCUGGUUAAAAAAAUAGCAGGUGCUUGGAGGGAGUUACCAGCAUCACAGAAGCAGCCUUAUGAGGAAGCUAGAAAGGCAGACUGGCAAAAAUACAAAGAACAGUUGGAUGCAUAUAAAGCACAGCUAACUCCAGCCCAGGCUGCAGCUUUGAAAGAAGAAAGGCGAAAACAGCUGGCAAGAAGAAAAUCAUACAGGGCAAGAAGA